AUGGCUGGUUCUUCAACAACUCCCUCAGCUUCUCUUUUGCUCCUAUUGAUCCUUCUCUUUUGCUUCUCAGCAGCAGCUAAGGAAAUCUUGGUUGGAGGCAACAUAGAUGCAUGGAAGAUUCCAUCUUCUGAAUCAGACUCACUAAAUCAAUGGGCAGAAAGGUCUAGGUUCCAAGUUGGAGACCAUCUUGUUUGGAAAUAUGAUGGUGGGAAAGAUUCAGUUUUGCAAGUAAGCAAGGAGGAUUAUCCUAAUUGCAACAUCACAAACCCAAUUAAAGAGUACAGUGAUGGGAACACUAAGGUGAAGCUUGACCAUCCUGGACCAUUCUAUUUCAUCAGUGGAGAAAAGGGUCACUGUGAGAAGGGUCAGAAGCUAAUUGUGGUGGUUUUGACUCCAAGGGGAAGCAGCAGGUACAUUGGGAUUUCACCUGCACCUUCUUCUGCAGAGUUGGAAGAAGGUCCAGCUAUUGCUCCUACUAGCAGUGCCACAGCUUUGCACAGUGCCCUUGUGAUGUCUCUUGGAGUAUUAUUUGCUAUGUGGAGUUUCUGA